GCUGUGUUGGAAGGUUGUCGAAGUGCUAUCACCAUUAGGUAUUUUAUUAGCACGAGCUGGUAUAGCAACGUGUUUAAUCCGGCGGCCAAUCGACAAACAAUCAGCUUGUAUUUUGCUGAAAUUUUGUUAACCUUCGUGCGCGAGUGUGUUUGUGAGCCACUGGAUCAAUCACAAUGGUGUCGGAUGAAAAAGUAGUGACUGACGAUCAGGAAACAGUACAAAAUGAACCGAAAAUUAUUACACUUAAAGUACUUCGUCUGAUUAAAGAAGCUCAACAAAAACACGGCUUACGGCACGGAGACUUCCAACGUUAUAGGGGCUAUUGUUCUAGGCGUAUACGCCGGCUUCGUUGUGCCCUGCACUUUCUGCAAGGAACAAAGAACCGUUAUAGCUCAAAAUGUGUCUCAGAGGAGCUACUCGUAAAAACGGGCGAUCUUCGAUAUCCUUGUAUCGUUCUUAUGCAGGCCGAACGAUGUUGGGGAUACGCGAUGCAGGAUCGUCAGGAGUGCACGAACGAGCCGCGCAAGAAGUUCCACAUGCGACGAAGGCUGCGUAAAGCGUUACAGUAUGCCGAUGAGUUAAGUACCCUUUGCGGUUCCUCUGCCGCGUGCGAUGCACGAACUAAGCUUGAAUGUCAGGCCUAUGCGGCCUUCAUGAGGGGAACCUAUCUUUUCGAAAAGGAUCAAUGGAAAGAAGCUAUGGAUGCGUACAACACAGCACAAACCAUCUACGAGAAACUGGGCUCUGCUUUGAACGAAGAUGAUCGCGUGCUCUAUCAACAGCGUGUAGAAGAGAUCACUCCGAAUUUACGGUACUGCGCUUAUAACAUUGGCGACCAAAGUGCUAUCAGUGACCUUAAAAAACUGCGACGUGAAGGAAAAGGCGGGAUGGAUAAUCUGGAUGCUCUAAUUGCUCAGACCCGAUCGAAGCAGGCAGUUACGCUACAAGAAGUAACUUGGCUGGGAAAAUCUCUGCCAGUUCGACACGAGAAAGUGCGCUUACUUUUAGUAUUUUGGGAUGAAUGUGAUCAGGAAUUGAAGCAGUGCAAGCUUGCUGAUGAGCGUGUUGCUAUAUACGAGCGGUUCUUAAUGGAGCUUAAGGACUGCUUGCAAGUCAUCAAGGAGGAAGUCAAGACUCAAGAGGCUAAUAAGAUUGUCGAAACAACAGGUCUUAGUACCCUACAAUAUCUUCGCUCUUUUGUAAUGUAUCUUAGGUUGCGAGCAACAGUCGACAGGAACGCUGCUAUGAUUGAAAUGCUGCGCGCCAAGAAUAACAAGCCUCGUGACAUGGUUCGACCUUAUGAGGUAAUCCUUCAAUGUCUGCAGGAAAUGCAGCAGUUACCUGGCGUAGAACCAGAUUCACAGUUUUACAAAGAUGUAGAAAAUGAGAUUCAGCUACAGCGUGCUUACAGAGCAUAUUACAUUUCCAGAGCGCUCACUGCUCUGGGAAAGUAUCCAGAGGCCCUAGCCAUGGCUGUUCGUGCUCAAGAGUACUUUUCGAAAGCGAAGCCACCUGCUGAUAGCAACGCUGGUAAACUUCAUGAAGAUAUGCGAAAGCAGAUAGAGGGAGAGAUGUACUUUGUGCAUGCUCAGAGCAUUCUUGGCGGAGAAGCUACAGCUCAUGAAAUUACCGAGGAGAAACGAGAUAGAGAUCCGCGUCCACUCAUCGACCGUUUGGACGAGUACAUAGAGGACCAUGACCUUGUCAGCGGGAAAAACCCUAUCCAACUUGUCAAUUAUCCGCCCGACUUUGAACCGGCGCCGUGCAAACCAUUAUUUUUCGACCUGGCGUUCAAUCAUGUUGCCUUUCCGGAUCUCGAUGACGAAAUCGAGGCUAGGAAAGAUACUCAACAGGGAGCUGGUCUCACAGGUUUGGUUAAGGGUUGGUUGGGUGGAUGGAAAUAGGCAGAUAGACAAAAAGCAUUUUAGACAAAUCAUGACAACGUACUAUUUCUCAUCUGCGUGAACACAUCGCCUAAAAACACCUUUAUCAAUAAACAGCCAGUGAACAAGUUCAGUCGUUAUGUCAGCACGUGUAUCAGCGGUCAUCUUUCAGGUGACUGUGGGUAGCCGUAGCAACAAUAACAAUAGCAGAGUAAACGACGAUAUUAGGAUGACAUUAGCAAAUAGCGUAAACAACAACCCGAUGGCACUAUUUAGAACAGACUGACAAUAUUUUCGAAAUCUCGAAGGGUUUUUCUGAAACGUUCGAAGUCAGUAAUUACUAGAAGUGAAAGCAGUGUGUGCAUGUUGCAUAAGGUGUUUAUAUGCUGCCGACGGUUCAAUUGGUGGAAAAAUGUAUCGACAAGGAUCUGCUAACAAGCGUUUCAAGCCGGUAAUGAUGUUACCGGUUCGAUGCUUCGACCUUUAUCGCGAUAAUACAAAAUGUAAAAAAAAUAAAGUUGAAUUGGCAUGGUAAAAACAAUGCUUUUUGUCA